AUGCGAUCGUCAUCACAAGUAAAAAGUACAACAAGAUCUGUAUCUACAGAAGGAAUUGCUUUAACUGAUUUAACUGAUCUUUCAACAAGUUCUGGAGAUGAAGCUCUUGAAGCACCUUUUGUGACUCAAACUACUCCUCUUGUUAACCCAUUACAUUUGUCUAAUACGAAUAAUUUAUUGGAAAAUAAUGAUGAAUCUGAAAACCGACCUGAAAUUUUUGAUAAUUCUGAUAGAUCACCCAAUGAAAAUAACCAAAUAUCAUCAACACAAACAACAAAUUUAUCUACAUCUAACCUAUCUACUCAAAGCGUAAUUCUUAUGUCUAAAUGUGAUUUAUACUGCUGCAAUUCGUCUACGCCAUAUCAUUCUGUUAGAGAUGAUGAAUUAGUCUUAACAAUAAUUGAUAAACGAUCAUGUCAAAAACAAUGGUUUCUGGAUCAUACUUGGUUAACAUUCUGCAAAGUUAAAAAAAAAGUUUUUUGUUAUCCAUGUCGAGUUGCAUUUGAACGUGAAAUUCAUCCAAAUACAACAUUACAUCCUACUUAUAGAAGUUUUGUAACAGAAGGUUUUUGUGACUGGAAGAAUGCCAGGUCAAGAUUUAAACUUCAUGAGUCAACUAAAACGCAUGCUACUUCAAUUUAUGUUGUUGAUCAACAAACAAAACCAACUAUAACAGCUCAAUUAAUAUCAGCAACCAAAAGACAACAAGAACAACGUCGAAAAGCUCUUUCAAUACAAAUUUCAUGUAUUGUAUAUUUACUCCGACAAGGUCUUGCACUUAGAGGGCAUUCUGAUAUCGAAAGCAAUUUGAUUCAACUGUUAAAACUUCGAAGUAUUGAUAAUGAUUUUUUAACAGAAUGGAUCAACGACAAGAAAUAUUUAUCCCAUGAUAUAAUCAAUGAACUUUGUAAAGAAAUUUAUUUACUCAUUAUUCGAGAUAUUGUAACAGAAAUUUCCAACAGAAAAUGGUUUUCCUUAAUAUGCGAUGAAACAUGUGAUGAAUCAACACUUGAACAAUUAUGUAUUGAUAUUCGAUCUGUAGAUGAUAAUUAUGAAAUAUUUGAAGAUAUUCUUGGACUUUAUGAAUUAUCUCGACAAGAUGCUCCAACAAUUGUUGAAGCAAUUCGUGAUGUAUUAACCCGGUGUGGUUUAAAUGUUCUCGAUUGUCGUGGUCAAGGCUACGACGGUGCGUCGAAUAUGUCCGGAAUUUAUGGUGGUGUAUCGGCUUUAAUUUUGAAUCAACAGCCAAAAGCUAUGUAUGUGCAUUGUAUAGCUCAUUGUUUAGAUUUAGCUGUACAUGAUUUAACUAAUCAGUGUGCUACAAUUAGUACUUGUAUAUCAUUUGUGAAAGAAAUAAUUGAUUUUGUUCGUUGA